AUGCUGUCGACGCUGCAGGUCGCGCGCGGCUUCAUGGCGCGCGGCAACCCAGAGGGCGCCUUCAAGGCCGCCGCGCAGGCCGGCGACCCCGCCGCCGCCGCGAUGCUGCUCGAGGCGCUGCAGGGCCGGAAGGACUGCUUCGAGCUCGCGGCGGCCGAGGCGCUCGCGCGGGCGCUGGAGGUCUGCCUGUCCGGCGGCCCCGACCACGAGCACGCCGCCAGCGUCGCGCUCGGCGCGCUGAGCCUCGCGCUGCGCGGUCCCGGGCAGGUGAUCCGCGAGACGCUCGCGGCCAGCACGGUCGGGGUGGACCUCAGCUUCGAGGCGCGGCGCGACAAGUGCCUGCUGGCGAAGCUCGCGCUGCAGGGGUUGGGGUUGAAGCUCGGGGUGCUGGCGCGCGGCGCGGGGCCGCUGGCGGCGCGUGCGCAGCAGGUCGCGGCGGAGCUGCGGGCGCUGGACUGA